AUGUCGCUUGCAAAGGUCCCACCCACUCUCAAAGCAAUCGCGCACUACAUCAAAAUAGCCAACGAGAAUGCAAGCCGAGAUCCGGUCAUCUACUAUUGGUGCUUAUUCCACGCAGUGCAAGCUGGGAUGCAAAUUGAUAAAACGUCGCCAGAGGCUUUGACUUUUCUCACCUCUCUUCUUGGAACGUUGGAAACGAUCAAAAAGCAGCUGGCUGGAAACGACGCAAUCACGAGCGAAGUUGUUGGACAAGCACAUGUCGAAAAUUUUGCAAUGAAGUUGUUUGAUUAUGCAGAUAAGAAAGAAAAAGCCGGACAGAUUGAUAAAUCGGUUGUGCACGCAUUUUACACUGCUGGACACGUGAUGGAUGUUUUGACUCUUUUUGGAGAGAUUGAUGAGCCCUACGCGUCGGCAAAAAAAUACGCCAAAUGGAAGAGUACUCAAAUUUUCGCUUGCCUUCGUGAUGGAACUCCAUAUGUCCCCAGCUCUCAGGAACCUUCAGACUCGAUGCCAGGAGGUUCUGGAAUGGCACACGAACAUCAGUAUCAAGACUCCAACAAUCCCUUCGAUUCAAAUCCGACACCGUAUCAGCCACCCCGUCAAAACAACGAUUUCGGUUUACCACAAGUGCCAACUCACACAAACCGCCCAAUACCACCGAAUAUUCCUCCACAGCCACAAAUGCCACAGCCAUCAUCGACUGGGUCUUUUGGAUCGACAAAUGUGCCUUCUUCAGGAAGUGGUGGCGGUGGCGGUGCAAAUCCAACGUUCCAAGAAUGGGAGCAAAUUCGCAAGUAUACCAAAUAUGUCAUUUCGGCAAUUGACUACGAGGAUGUGAAAGCGGCAAUAGAUAAUUUACGCAAAGCCCUCGAGGCUAUUCCUCUUUUUAUGGGAGAAGAAAAGGAGAAAAAGAGAAGAAAUCCUUUAAGCUUGGUAACUCGAAAAGGAACGAAGAAGGUGCUGGGCAAAUGGAGGAAGCUCGAAAAUAACGCGGAUGCACAGAAUGGCGAACUUGAGUCGAGCUUUACGGGAGAGAAAUUAUUUGGGCGACCGCUCGAACUGGCACUCCGACUCGAUCCCUCAUUAGAUGAAAUUCAAAUUCCAGCCAUUGUCCGACAAUCGAUAGACUACGUGAACGCUUACGGACUCGAUCUUGAGGGAAUAUAUCGGGUUUCGAGCCCUAAAUCGCGACUUGAUGAGCUAGAAAAGGAAGCGAACUCCCGAGCGAAUCCGUUGCACUUUUGCAAGAUCUCUUCAACAAAAGCGCUUUUUCGAGAUGCACACGAGGCUGCGGGACUUUUGAAGCGCUUUUUGCGAGCCUUACCCGAGUCAACUAUUCCACCAAAAGUUGAUGAGCUUGCUGAACAAUGUGUGUGCGAUUGGAAAGGACCCUGUACAUGUGAAGUUUCGAAUCUAGUCUUUACGGAGUUGACGGCUUUACAAAAACCCCAAAGGCACUUGCUGGCCUAUGUAUUUAUUCAUGCGCAACAAGUGAUUCAACAGGAACCAAAAAACAAGAUGGGCGUACCGGCAUUAGGACUUCUGCUACAACAAGUGUUGGAUACACGACGUCGAACUGUGUGCAUUCUACUUGCCAAUGCAAGCCCCCUUCUCUAUGGAUUUCACGAUGGGGUUGUUUACUUUUUUGCCGAUGUCGUCAUCAUCCCG